GUUCCUGCCGGGCCAGCAGGUCAUGGAGAGCGGCACCGCCGAGUUUCUCGACACGCGCGCCUCGAUGGCCUCGCCGCUGGCCAAGACACUCUUUGGCCUCACCGGCGUGCGCUCCGUCUUCUACGGGCCCGACUUUGUCACCGUGUCCAAGGACUCGGACACGCAGUGGUCGAUGCUCAAGCCCGAGAUCUACAGCAUCAUCAUGGAGCACUUCACCGCCGGGCGCGACCUCUUUCUCGACCCCGCGUCGUCUCAGGGCAGCUCCGACACGCUCAUCCUCGACACGGACUCGGAGACGGUGGCGAUGAUCAAGGAGCUGCUCGACACGCGCGUGCGGCCCGCGAUCCAGGAGGACGGCGGCGACAUUGAGUACCGCGGCUUCGAGGAGGAGGGCGACGGCAUCGUGCGGCUCAAGCUCAAGGGCAGCUGCCGCGGCUGCAGCAGCUCGACGGUGACGCUCAAGAGCGGCAUCGAGCGGAUGCUGAUGCACUACAUUCCGGAGGUGAAGGGCGUCGAGCAGGUGAGUGCCGGGCCGUCGCGAGGGCUUGAAUGGCGCAAAGUGCGCAUACGGGCAAUGAUGAGGCCAGGGCGGCGUGGGCAUGGUCGGGGACAGCGUCUGGCGUGUGCCGCAUUGCUGCGACGGGCGGAGCUGCGCACGACAGACGAUGGCGCUUGAUGUCCUUGGGACGUGCAUCGCCGUCGAUGGCAUGUGCGUCACCAGCGCGCAUGCAAGUCGUGGCUUGAUGGGAAGCGCACUUCGCAUGCACAGGUGGCACCUUGACCUGAGAUCGGGCUGUCAUUGGUGCUUGAGCUGACUCUGCCACUCCAGAUCCUCGACGAGGAAGAGGCUAUUGCGCUGGACGAGUUCGCCAAGCUCGAGGCACGCCUGGACAAGGACCGACAGCGCGAGGAGAAGCUCGGCUUCUCUGCCUGAGGCGGCGCUGCGCGAUGUCCACGCACGACGCUGCGGCCGUGCGGUCCGGACCGCGCGGCUCCGGCCCGAUCGAUCCGCUGAUGUGCUCCUCUCGCAAUGUACGACUCUUGCAGACUACUG